CCUUUCCCACUAGUGUUUUGUGUGUGUGUGUGUGUGUGUGCGUGUGUGUGCGGAAGCCCUCAGGAGAUCAAGGAUGCCGCAUAACAACGCGUCCAACCUCACCUCCAACUACACCAACCAGUUCGUGCAGCCGCCGUGGCGCGUCGCCCUGUGGUCGGUGGCCUACAGCGCGGUGCUGGCCGUGGCCGUGUUCGGGAACCUCAUCGUCAUCUGGAUCAUUCUGGCUCACAAGCGCAUGAGGACGGUGACCAACUACUUUCUGCUCAACUUGGCCUUCUCCGACGCCUCCAUGGCCGCCUUCAACACUUUGAUCAACUUUGUGUACGCCACCCACGGGGAGUGGUACUUUGGGGAAGCCUACUGCAGAUUCCACAACUUCUUCCCCGUGACGUCGGUGUUCGCCAGCAUCUACUCUAUGACCGCCAUCGCCGUGGACAGGUACAUGGCCAUUAUCCAUCCUUUGAAGCCUCGUCUGUCAGCUAAGUUCACCACCGGAGUCAUUGCCUGCAUCUGGAGUCUGGCCGUGGUCCUGGCCUUUCCCCUCUGCUACUUCUCCAAAAUCCGAGUUCUGCCUCGCCGGACCUUGUGCUACGUGGCGUGGCCCCGCAUGGCAGACGACCCCGUCAUGUACCACAUCAUCGUGACCGUGCUGGUGUAUGUGCUGCCACUAGUGGUGAUGGGCAUCACUUACUCUAUCGUGGGCGUCACUCUGUGGGGAGGCGAGAUCCCCGGGGAUUCAUCUGACAACUAUCAUGGACAACUACGGGCUAAAAGGAAGUUAGAACUGUAA